CCAGUCGACGCGGCUGUCGGAACAAAGAACUACAACGCCCGGAAUGCAACGCUCACGAAGGGGCGGGCGGCCGGUUCAUUGUUGCCGGAAGUUCAUUGUUAAAGGGACCGAGCUCAUCUGUACCCCUGAUAGCACCAGAAGCUCCUCCAGGCUUUGCUGAGGCUGGCAGCCCAUACAGCUUCGGAGUCCUCAAAUCUUAAGCGUUAGUGUCUGGAUUCCUUUGCAGCUGCGGCUGAGGGCUCCAGGGAGACUGGUUGUUGGGUGCAGAGCGGUCCGAUGGAGGCUGGUCAGUCAGCUGUCCUGCCCGGUACAGGGGGCUGCGUGGAGGGGGGGUCAGCGCCUCUCUCUCCGGAGCUGGAGGCUGUGUUCCAGGGCUCCAGCCCUGCCUCCCUCUUCCUGCAGGGGGAGCUAGCGCUGAACGCCCGUCUGCGGGAGCUGUCGUUCGGAGCGCCCGUGGAGUACGUCUACAAUCCCCUGGAGUACGCCUGGGACACGCACCAGUGCUACGUCAACAAGUACUGCCAGAGGAGCAAAGAGGUGCUCUUCCUGGGCAUGAACCCAGGGCCCUUUGGCAUGGCACAGAACGGGGUCCCCUUCGGGGAGGCGAGCAUUGUCCGUGACUGGCUGCAGAUCAGUGGGAAGGUGGGUCGGCCUCCCUCCGAACACCCGAAGCGUCCGAUCCUGGGGCUGGAGUGCCAGCAGCGUGAGGUGAGCGGAGCCCGUUUCUGGGGCUUCUUCCGGAAGCUGUGCGGAGAGCCGGAGGUGUUCUUCCGCCGCUGUUUCGUCCACAACCUCUGCCCGCUGGCCUUCGUGAGCCAGACCGGCAGGAACCUGACCCCCGUCGACCUGCCCGCGGAGCAGAGAGACAAGCUGCUGAGGCUGUGUGACCUGGCGCUGUGCCAGGCUGUCCGAGCCCUGGGAGUCAGCACUGUGGUGGGGGUGGGCAGGCUGGCGGAGCAGCGCGCCCGCAGGGCUCUCUCCGAGGCAGGGGUGGAGGGGGUGAGGGUGGAGGGCAUCAUGCACCCCUCACCCAGGAACCCGCAGGCCAACAAGGGCUGGGAGGAGAUAGCCAGAGCUAAGCUGGAGGAAGUGGGAGUCCUAUCCCUGCUGAGUGAGUGACUGUGCCAUCAGCGAGAGGGCUGAGGAGACUGAUGCAAUGAAAAGACCAUUAGGAACUACUUCUGUAAGAACGAUACAAUGAAAUGCUCACCAGGGCGACAGCAAGGAGGGGGGCAGUCCUGUUUCUGGGGUAGAGCGCCCCCUAGCCUUCUCUUGGAGAAGCGCACCUUCCUGUGUUUAGUGAGUGUUUCGUGUUUUGUGUUUGGUGGGGAUUGAAUUCAGAACUGCAGAAUUUGUGUUUGGUGGCUUAAUAGUCAGGGGGGUAUAACCUGGUGGUUGGAAGGAUGAGAUCAGGGUUCCAGACAAGCGGAGUGACUUUGAUUGAUUCUUUCUUUUUUUCUUUUUAAACAACUUUGAAUGUAAUUUUACAAGAUAUUUCUUUCUUUCUUUGUCUUUUUAAAAUGUAAUUUAAUAAUUUUACAGCAUUAAUUCAUUCGUUUAAUAUUUUUUAAUUGCAUAGCAUUAAUUCUCUCUCUCUUUCUCUCUUCCUUUCUCUCUUUCUCUCUCUUUUUUUGAUAAUUGUAUGUGUUUUUUCUCAUGGCAUUCAUUGUUUAAGAGUCCAUCCUUGUAAUUUUCUUUGCAAUGAUUUUUCGUGCUGUUUGUUUGCAGUGUUAAUUGUUUGCUUGUUUCCUGUCACUGGGAGAGUUUCAGAACACUAAGUGCUUUCAGGGUCUGCCUUUUAAGAGCGGUCGAUAUUUCAGAUGGAUUUCACUCGUUCACACCCACAGACUUGUACAGAUACGCACUGAUACACACACGCUGAUACACACACACACACACUGAUACACACACACUGAUACACACACACACUGAUACACACACACACACACACUGAUACACACACACUGAUACACACACACUGAUACACACACACACUGAUACACACACACACUGAUACACACACACUGAUACACACACACACUGAUACACACACACACUGAUACACACACACACACACUGAUACACACACACUGAUACACACACACACACACA